AUGGCGGACCUGCGUUCUGCCACAGUACUGCAUGUGAGCAGUGAGUGUCUGGCUGUAGAGGAGGGGGAGAAUGAGGGAGAAGCUCUUCUAACGUUUCCUCUAGCCGUGGAGGUUUACAACGUGAGGCAAAUAGCCGUUUUUCCGCUCAGUAACUCAUCCAUUGUCGUUCUUCAGUUGCACGACAACCGCUGCGUGCACAGCUGGUCUCUGGGUAGUUCUCAGCAGCUCACGUGCUACCCCGUCUUCCACAGAGCAAUGGGAGUGUACUGUGCUGUCAGGAACAAAGACGAACUUCUUUUGUGGACCUCAGAGGAGAGUACAUUACCACUUACUCACCUCACUCUCCCCUUCACCCCUCUCACCAUCCUCACACCCUCCCUCCCUCACCAACUUAUCACGGUGGAGUUGUCUGGCUCAGUACACAUGGUGUCAGUGGAAGGCGGGGAGGUAAAGGUUUUGGGUGAGGAAGGAAGGAAAUUGAGAGGGAGAAAACCACGUGUUGUGAUGGGUGUGAUGAGUGAGGUGGGAAAUAGGGAGAGUGCAGUGGUGAUGUGUGAAGGUGGAGAAGUGUUUGUCUAUGCAGUGGAAGUGUCUGGUCUUUCUCUUACCUCACGUAUCGACUUGAGGACAAAGAUCUUUCAGCCUUCAGUUUGUGUGUGUGGAGAGAUUCUUUUGAUGAAAGCCGAAGGAGGGAUUUCUGCUCUCAACCUCUCUUCUUCCUCCACGUAUCUUGUGACACCCUCGUAUUGUCACCAGUUGGCUGCCGUCUCCCCAAGUCUGUUUGUGGCCACUAACGAAGGGGGUGUGGUCACUCUGAGGGACUCCUUAUAUGGAACUUGUCAGGAGGAAGUGAACUCCAGACUUAGCCACGUUAAAAUGUUGUGCAGUGUGUGGGGGGGUCAUGUUGUGAUGAGUGGAGAAGGUGGUGUGAGGGUGUGUAGAAUGUGCUCUGGGGACUGUGUCUCACUUGCUGCCGUGCUCGGCCGGAAAACCACACCCCCUCCUGAAGCCAAAGCAGUGUCUUCGAAGUGGGCAGAGACUCAGACCGGCAUCUGCUGGAGAUCACAAGUCGGCGAUUCAGAGGAAAUGGAGGUCCUGUCAAAGCUUUGUGAUCGUGGGCAGACCCCCACUCUGGAGAGUGUGUCUGAACUGUUUCCCUCCUCUCUCUCCCUUCCUUCUCCCUCCUACCUUCCUCUGGUGAGGAGACUUGUCAGGGAAACGGUGUUCUGGGCUCAUAUUCAACUGACGGAACUGGUAAAGGCCAACGCUGUGACUGGUAGCGAGGCAGGGGAGGUGGUGGAAAGAGCAUUGCAACAAGGCGACUGGGCUCUGGUGGUGCUGACUAUGGACCAAUCGGAGGGAAUUCCAGAGUCAUCUAUUGUCUCUCUACUGCACCAUGCACUGGAUCUCCCAGAGAGUGUGGAGAGCUACGGGGAGCAGUUUACUAGAGAGACCAUUCUCUGGGGGAUGCUGGUUCUUCCAUACAGUGAUUCCCUCCUGCAGCCCCCACUCUCACUUCUUCCCCUCUCCUCUGUUCUGUCUGUACUGCAGUUCCUGACGCCUCACAUGUCGGUUGCAUCUCUCUGCCACACCCCUCCACUGCCAUAUCCCAGACUGCUGGACUGGCUGGCUGUGUUACUAGACACCCACUGGCCUGCUCUUUCUCUCUCCCCUUCUGCCAAACAUCUCCUUCACAACUUUCAACACACUACAUAUCAUCAGAUGUUGUUCUGUGAGAACCUAGCGACAGUGGAAAACAUGCUGGAGGCUGGCAAAAAGCCUCGUGUUCGCCAGGCACAAGACCAAUACAUUACUGUCGAGAGAGUGAAGAUCAAAAUAUGAAAUAUGACCAUAUAAGGGGAAAUGACAGUGUUUGUGCUCUGAUUAUUUGCUGCUAGAGUUUGCUUCACAUGCCACAAUCUUCACUUUUUCCGAGUUUAUUAUUUCAUUGUUGUGAGAGUCUUUGAAUUCCACAUUCCUCAAGACACAAGUCCAGACAUUGUCACAGUAGCGGUAAACCUUCAACUGACCUUUGAACGUGUAGCGAGUUCGUACCUUCGUCGACAGGGCGACACUCAUACUCCUGUCGUACUGUUGCUGGACCUUGACAGCGAGGUCUGGAGUGAUGAGCUGGUUCUCUAUCAAGUCAUCAAGCGCCGCUUUCAGUGACUCCCCAAGACUCAUGCUCCUGUACAGUUGGUAGCUCAUGGUGAGGAUCGACGGCAAGUAAACUCCAAAGCGGCAUGAAAAGGUUUAAUUAACUUAAAGGUUCACGAGGUCAUUCAUUAGACUCCGCCCACUGGUAGUGCAUACCAAGGAGAGAGAAUGGCGUUGAGCAGGCUACCUUUCUCCCGUCUCUCUGCUUCUUUGCGCAGCGCGCGGAGUUCGGCCAAGAUAUUGUCUCUCUGCGCGGUACGUAUCCUGGUAUCUGAUGUGUGCUGUGCGUGAGGCAAUGUCUCUACAGACGAGGCAACACAGCAGCUACCAGAGCGACCUCAAGACCAUUCUAGCAGACCUCUUGCCCAGAAAACAGGCUGAAGUGAAGGAGUUCAGAAGCCAGCAUGGAUCUAAGGUGGUGGGAGAGGUUACAGUCGAUAUGAUGUAUGGAGGAAUGAGAGGCAUCCGAGGCCUCGUCACAGAGACUUCACUACUGGAUCCUGAGGAGGGAAUCCGUUUCCGUGGUUACAGUAUCCCGGAGCUACAGGAGCAGCUGCCGAAGGGGCCAGGAGGGGAGGAGCCACUGCCGGAGGGAAUCUUUUUUCUCAUGCUCACCGGGCAGAUCCCUAGUCAGAGUCAGGUGGACUCAAUAUCGGCAGACUGGGCAGCUAGAGCCGACCUUCCUCAACACGUGGUGCAGAUGGUGGCCAACUUCCCCAACACCCUCCACCCAAUGAGCCAGUUCUCAUCUGCCAUCUCUGCCAUGCAGCUAGAGAGCAAGUUUGCCAGAGCCUACGCUGAGGGAAUGCCCAAAACCAAGUACUGGGAGUACACGUUUGAUGAUGCGAUGGACCUCAUUGCUAAGCUACCACCCCUUGCCUCCGUCAUCUACCGCAAUUGUUACCAUGAUGGGAAAAUCGGAGCUAUUGAUCCACAGAAAGAUUGGUCUGCGAACUUUGCCAGCAUGUUGGGUUUCUCCGACCCACAGUUUACUGAGCUGAUGAGGCUGUACCUGACCAUCCACACGGACCACGAAGGCGGCAAUGUUAGCGCCCACACCUGCCACUUGGUGGGUUCUGCUCUCUCUGAUCCCUACCUCUCAUUCGCUGCUGCCAUGAAUGGUCUCGCCGGCCCUCUCCAUGGACUAGCCAAUCAAGAGGUGUUGGUUUGGCUGAAAAAGCUACAGCAGGACGUGGGGUCGGAAGUCACUAACGACAAACUGAAGGAGUUUAUUUGGAAUACCCUCAACAAUGGGCAGGUUGUUCCUGGUUACGGGCAUGCUGUAUUGCGCAAGACUGAUCCUCGCUAUGUGUGUCAGCGUCUGUUUGCUCAGAAACAUCUUCCGAAUGACCCGCUGUUCCGGCUUGUCAGUCAGCUGUAUGAAAUAGUUCCAGAUAUUCUCUUAGAGCAGGGGAAGACAAAGAACCCGUGGCCUAAUGUCGACGCCCACAGCGGCUGCCUCCUCCAGUACUACGGGAUGCACGAAAUGGGUUUCUACACUGUGUUGUUUGGAGUGUCUCGAGCUCUCGGGGUUCUGUCGUCUCUGGUCUGGGACAGAGCUCUCGGUCUGCCAAUAGAGAGACCAAAGUCCUUCACAACCGAGGCUCUCCAGAAGAUGGUCUCUUAGCCUAUACACUAGCAUGUUAUAGUGACUGCAGUGACUCUACAAUUUGUAAACAGGUGUAUAUAUACAUAGCAUGUGUUGUAUCAUGGUUUGCCAUGACUGAUCUACGAUUGACGAAAGACAAAUCAGUUCUCACGUGUAUUCAUGACCAGUUCAGUAAACACAUUCCUUGUUUAUAUAACACUUUUUGUUGUUCAUCAUGAGCAGGUGAAAGUGAUCUUUGGCUGUGGGAUCUCCAGACAAGGAAAAGGGGUUUUCCCUCUUGAUGACAUAAUUAUGUCACAGUAAAAGAAAGCCACACCCGCUGAUCCUUCAAACAGGGAGAGGGGAGCAUCUGGAGUUCGUGUUACUCGCUCCGAGCAAGAGAGACACCAUUCUGCAAACUUGAGAGCCCUGUGCCAGUGGUGGGUGUGUCCAGUGAGGUGGUACAGCUGGAUGAAAGUGUAUGCAUUUCCGGCUGCUCCGUGGCACAGACUGUAGCCUUUCCUCAGGAGACCUCUCUUCCACACCACUUCCCCACACAUCUCCCCCGCCUUCAGAUACCUACCUUCACCCAACAUCUGGUACGCAUGACUCAAGAGGUGGAUAAAACCAGGAGCUCCAUGACACCAAUGUAUUAGUCUGUCACUAUGAUGACUGCUGUCAUGGCAACUCUCGAGUGAGGAGGGGAAAUUCCCUGAAGGUAACUGGAGGCUCGUCAAGUAGUUAAUUGUAGGGGCAAGGGGGCUUGGGAGUUGCUCAGUUUUUAACUGCAGAAAGAAGAGUGGCGAUUCCAGCCAGACCAUGAGCUGCACCAAGGUAGUGUCUCCCGUGCCAGGUGUACAUCAGUGGAGAAGGAACAGACGCCUGUCUUCCUUUCUCCCCUGCCUCUACGGCAACCCUAGCCACCUGAACAACGAGAAACACUCCCUAACAUCUCACACAAUGACUCCGAACCUCCUGCAGUAGGCUCUGGCUAACAGCUCCUGGGAGAUAGGCAUUGAUAAACAGGAGACAGUAGAGGUAUCCCACGUGGCCAUACAG